AAAUAAAACAAAAUUAAAAGAGUCUGAAGCCCCCAAGGGCAAAGCUAAAACCCUCUGUUGCAGUCUGGUUGAUUUCUAGGGUUCUAUUCCAUCUCAGCUCUCACCAGCUUAGAACUCCUACUCAGGUUUCUGAAAGGUUUACUGUGGAUUCCAGGCCCAGAUAAUUGCUAAAGUGAGUCGUGAAAUGGAUUGUUGAUUUCGUAUUUGUAAGAGAACAAAGUCCUUUGGAAACCUUGCAGAAAUGAGCUUGAUCUUAAGACUAAGGAAUCAUUUACCUAAUGGGCUUUGCAGAAGAGCCAUUAUUUCUCCCCUCGGAGCACUGAAUCCGGGUAGCUUAAAUGGGUUUUACCAAAACUUUAGUCAACCUGCAAGGAAAGAAGAGGAGGAGGAAGAAGUGGAGAUUGAUCAAAGGAGACUCCCAGCUGAUUACGAUCCGGCAACUUUUGAUCCUACAGAGCAUCGCAGUCCUCCCACAGAGCGUGUAUUCAGGCUCGUAGAUGAAAUAUCAUCACUCACACUGGCUGAAGUUGCUGAGCUGGGUUCGAUCAUUAUGAAGAAAAAGGGACUGAGGGUACCACCAACUGUGGGAGUCAUGAAGCCAGGAGCUGCUGCAAUAGGAUUGGCAAUGAAGGGACCAGCAGCGGCUAAGGAGGAAAAGAAAGUAGAAAAGACGGUAUUUGAAUUAAAGUUAGAGUCCUUUGAGGCGGCUUCAAAAAUAAAACUGAUCAAGGAGGUAAGGAGCUUCACUGAUUUGGGCCUCAAGGAAGCAAAGGAUUUAGUGGAGAAGGCACCAUCCGUGUUAAAGGCCGGUGUGUCAAAGGAGGAAGGAGAGCAACUUGUAGAGAAGCUGAAAGCUCUUGGAGCGAAAGUUGUUCUUGAGUGAAAUAAAAUACAUGAUCCGUAUGUAAUCCACUACGAGAAAUUUGUGAGAUUAGUUCAUGUUUCUGGGGAAACACCAGGCCAACAGCUUUCUGGAAUUUUAUCAAUCCAAAUGAAACACAUAUCAGGUUUUCUCCAAUUGUUUUAAGUUGAGAAAUUUGCUCAAGAUUGAUUUCUUGUUGUAUUGAUAUCUGAGCUGUUCUGAUAAAGCUGCGAUUUUGUUUAAGAUUCGCCCAUGGAUGAACUCCUUCCAUGAUUCUUAUUCCCUUGUUUAGAUUUUGAAGGGGAUGAAGUUUUUCAUUAUUAAUUUCAAUUUAAUAGGCACAUUAUUAA